CCUGUAUCUGUAAUUGCACUAUCCUCCAAAAAAAUAAAAUGACUAAUACUCUUCUGGAGGACUCGCCCAUAUGGGCAACCGGUGGCGAGUAUAAAUAAACGCAAAUACACACACACACACACACACACACAGACACUUAGUUCUGCAAUCAGACAGUUGCCUGUUAACGAUUUCAUUAAAAAAGUGCUGAAUUAUGGUAACAAUUUAACGGUUACUGUCUCAUCACUACUGCCAUCUCAAAUUUUAGGAAUCUAAAACGCUCCAAAAACAAAUGAAAUCAAUAUUUCAAUAUCUAACAUUCUAAAGGAAAUAAAAAACAAAUUUAAAGCUAUUUCAAUGAUUUGUUUAAACGAUUACAGUCGAUUAAAGUAUACAUAAUAUUUCUCUCACUUACAUCAACAACAAAUUACCGGAAAAGGAAGUUCAUACAACCGGUGCCGUAGUAAAUAAUAACGGUGUAAAUAGGUCCCAAACUCCAAUUUAUUUGUUUAUGUAUUUACCUGUUUAUGAUCGAAAGGAAGUUUCGUCUCAUGUUAUUACAGCUGAAGGGCUUUAUAAGUCAUAUUUGUGCAGAGGGUCUUUGAGGAUUACAUUUACCAAAGUAAUGGCUUCAUUAGGCAACAGUAUGCAGGAUGGAGGUAGACCAGUUCAAGACACCCCUGAUAAGCUUCAAGAUCUUUGUAUAUUUUAUUGCAUGAACAAUCUAGACAUUCUUGUUGCAUCGUUGAAUAAUGUUAGUGAAUCAAAUGAUGAUAUUUCAUCCACAUUCUCUUUGUUGCUUGGCAACAGAUUGAUGGAGUAUUUCCUAAGUAACAGUUUACCAAGUGAAGAUAAACAGCAAUUUGUUGAUCAAUUGACACAGAACAAUCAAUUAUGCAAUGAAGUGAUAUUGACAAGGAGAGAUGUGUAAGCUCUGAAAAUAUUCAAGAGUUGGCUAAUAAUUCAAUCCGAAGAUUGCAUCUCUCCAUAUUUGAUGAUAGUACAAGUGAAGUUAUUGUUUCAUACGAGGGAAUUAUUAGAAAACAAUCUUCCUUAUUUAAACAAAAGUAUCUCUUUCUCAGAAAUGUGAAGAAAGCCAGAUGACAGGUUUUCUUAAUUUGCUAUGUGGACAGGAGGUUGAUGCGGAUAUUGAAACUGUCGGAGGAAAUGCAGAUGAUUUAGAUAACUCUAUAAAUGCUAGUGGUGAUCAGAACAGAGGAAAAUAUGAUAAUCCAAGCUUUUAUGAGAUGGUUGUUUCUAAUACCAAGUUCCAUGGAUUCCAGAUCAGAAAUCUGGAUGGACAAAAUGAGGGAAGUGGGGAAACUGUUCAAGGAGCAGAGAAAAAUACAGAAGACCAGUCUGAUAUUGCUCCAAACUUAAAAUCUUUCAGCUAUGAGUGUGUCUAUAUGGGAAUGCGCCCACCCAUUUCUGCACAUCACUGCUAUGGAUGGUUUUUAUCAUUUACUGACUGAGAUAUUGUUGAGGAACAAACAAAUACAGUCUUUCUGUCUUGUAACAGUAAUUUCAAACCCAGUAAAAUGGUUCUUAUCGCAACCAAAGAUUCAUUCAAUGAAAAAUAUCCAGUCACUAUGUUUGUCUUUCAAUUGUCCUGAACAGGUAGCUGAGCUUGAGGAACGGGGCAUUCCAUAUACAAAAGAAUUCUUCUCCAACUUACCUCUUCUUGAAAACUUGAGACAUUUAGAUGUUUCCUGCAACUACGAAGGGGGAAACAGCGGAGGCAUUUACUGUUAUAGCGAUAGAAUGGUAGCGCUAUUCACGCAGUCAGUCAAGAAAAUGACACAACUCAAAUCCAUAGAUAUCUCAGGAACUAAUCUUGCUUCAAUCAUUUCUCACAGUAAUUCUAGUGAUACAGAAUGUACAGGUCAUUGUAUGCCUGGGUUUGAGGGUAGACAGUUUGAUUUUCUUGGAUUGUAUGGCAAUGAAGAAUGUAGGCACAGUUUUAUUCCAGCUCGAAGG